CCAGCUGCCCGGCCGGUGCGGGGGCCGGCAUGAUCCUCGGGCCAACUAUGCAAGGGGCGCUGCCCACCGCCGCCGGCCUCCCGCCGCCGGCCCCCGGCACCCCCACCGGGCUGCCUAAGGGCUCAGCCAGUACGGUCACCCAGAGCCUGCCCAGGACGCCCUCGGCCACCACCAGCGGGAUUCGGGCCACGCUGACGCCCACGGUCCUGGCCCCUCGCCUGCCACAGCCGCCCCAGAACCCGACCAACAUCCAGAACUUCCAGCUGCCCCCAGGUAUGGUCCUCGUGCGCAGCGAGAAUGGGCAGUUGUUAAUGAUCCCUCAGCAGGCGCUGGCCCAGAUGCAGGCGCAGGCCCAUGCGCAGGCCCAGCCUCAGACCGCCAUGGCGCCCCGCCCUGCAGCCCCCAGCAGUGCCCCUCCUGUCCAGAUCUCGGCCGUGCAGGCACCCGGGACCCCUCUUAUUGCACGGCAGGUGACCCCAACAACCAUCAUCAAGCAAGUGUCCCAGGCCCAGACGACGGUACAGCCCACCACGGCGUUACAGCGCUCGCCCGGAGUGCAGCCGCAGCUCGUUCUGGGUGGCACCGCCCAGACGACGUCGCUCGGGACAGCGACGGCUGUGCAGACCGGGCCACCUCAGCGAUCGGUCCCAGGGGCCACCACCACCUCCACAGCUGCCACGGAAACUAUGGAGAACGUGAAGAAAUGUAAAAACUUCCUGUCUACGUUGAUAAAGCUGGCGUCGUCCGGGAAGCAGUCCACGGAGACGGCGGCCAACGUGAAGGAGCUGGUGCAGCACCUGCUGGACGGAAAAAUUGAAGCCGAAGACUUCACUAGCAGGUUGUACCGAGAGCUUAAUUCUUCACCUCAACCGUACCUCGUGCCUUUCCUGAAGAGGAGCUUGCCCGCCUUGAGACAGCUGACCCCCGACUCGGCAGCCUUCAUCCAGCAGAGCCAGCAGCAGCAGCCGCCCGCCUCGCAGGCCACCACCGCGCUCACGGCCGUGGUGCUGAGCAGCUCGGUCCAGCGCACAGCCGGGAAGACGGCGGCCAGUGUGACCAGCGCCCUCCAGCCCCCUGUCAUCAGCCUCACGCAGCCCACACAGGUGGGCGCUGGCAAGCAGGGGCGGCCCACGCCGCUGGUGAUCCAACCGCCACCCAAGCCUGGAGCGCUGAUCCGGCCCCCACAGGUGACGUUGACGCAGACACCCAUGGUGGCCCUCCGGCAGCCUCACAACCGCAUCGUGCUCACCACACCCCAGCAGAUCCAGCUGAACCAGCUGCAGCCAGUCCCCGUGGUGAAGCCUGCCGUGCUACCUGGAACCAAAGCGCUGUCUGCUGUCUCGGCCCAAGCAGCUGCCGCACAGAAAAAUAAACUCAAGGAGCCCGGGGGAGGUUCGUUUCGGGACGACGAUGACAUUAACGAUGUUGCGUCGAUGGCCGGAGUGAACCUGUCGGAAGAAAGCGCGAGAAUACUGGCCACGAACUCGGAGCUGGUGGGCACCCUCACGCGGUCCUGUAAGGACGAGACCUUCCUGCUCCCGGCGCCUCUGCAGAGACGGAUUCUGGAAAUCGGUAAGAAGCAUGGCAUCACGGAGUUACACCCGGACGUGGUGAGCUACGUGUCUCACGCCACGCAGCAGAGGCUGCAGAACCUCGUCGAGAAAAUAUCGGAAACAGCUCAGCAGAAGAACUUCUCCUAUAAGGAUGACGACAGGUACGAGCAGGCGAGUGACGUCCGGGCUCAACUCAAGUUUUUUGAGCAGCUCGAUCAGAUCGAAAAACAGAGGAAGGAUGAGCAGGAGAGAGAGAUCUUGAUGCGGGCAGCGAAGUCUCGGUCCAGACAAGAAGAUCCAGAACAAUUAAGGUUGAAACAGAAGGCAAAGGAGAUGCAGCAGCAAGAGCUGGCACAGAUGCGGCAGCGCGAUGCCAACCUCACAGCACUGGCCGCCAUCGGGCCCAGGAAAAAGAGGAAAGUGGACUCUCCAGGACCGGGAUCGGGGACAGAGGGGUCGGGCCCAGGCUCGGCGGGCCCAGGCGGCUCCGGCGUCGGAACGCCCAGACAGUUCACGCGACAAAGGAUCACGCGGGUCAACCUCAGGGACCUCAUAUUUUGUUUAGAAAACGAACGCGAGACAAGCCAUUCACUGUUGCUCUACAAAGCGUUCCUCAAGUAGCACAGGACGGUCGGCAUCUCGGACGGAGACGCCUGGGCACGUUUUUAUAUAUUUGCAGAUCACGCCUUUUUGUACCAAGCAAAUGGGAUAUUGUUUAAAAAACAGCCACCUCUUUGCAACGGAACAGUUUUCUAUUCCUGUUUCUAAGCUCUUCAGCGGAAGAAAAAAACCACAUUUCUGUAACAGGGAAUUCCGAAGCCCGUGGGCACUCCUAAAGGACGAUUAAACCCUAACUCAUCUUUGAUUGAGUGGCCUUCUUGCCAAACAAGCCAUAUAUGAAACUGAUGGAAUCGUUUAGCAAAUAAUAGCUGCCCUCUGUCACCUCGUAGCCGUUUUCCCAUUCUUUGUGCGUUUGGUUUAGUCCAGCCCCACUUACUACGUAGGUGUGCGUCUGCAGCCAAUGACCUCGUUUCAUUUAUUUUAUUUUUGUACUAGUCAGUUGGCAAAGCGAACUGACUUUUUAGACUAUUUAUCUUCCCCCUCCCCCCAUGUUCCGAAUCCUGGAGGAAGACGCGCUUCAUCUUCGUGCCCUCCCGGAGCCAGUCACUUUCUGCUUGGUGGGGCCCGGCGCUGGCAGCUCCUCUGAAUGUGUGGUCAGCAUCUGUACAAAUGCAUUUUAUUUGCUAUAGUUUGUAAAGCUGUAAAGUUAAAAGAAACGGAAACCUUUUCAGCAUAAAUAUAUUUUACUUGCACUGUGUUUUUUAGCUGAAAGUGAAAACCUAGAUGAAAUAAAGUCAGUCGAGAAGAAUCAUCGGAGGACUGUUUCUCAGUGUGAAUCAAGUGUUGGAAAAUGGUCGGUGUAUUUUGUCAGUAAUUGUACAUAAUUUUUGGCACAUGACAUAAAAAUGGCUAUGUAAACUAUAAUUAUUUUGCUAAGAGGCUGUGUGCGAGCUGUGGGCCAGCUUUCCAGACGUCCAGAGCAAAGCCCCUUCUUUGUACCUAUUUUUUUAUGACAAAUAUACUAAUUGGUUCUUUAUAUUUUCAGAGGUUAUUGUAUUAAAUUGUCUAUCGACAGUACUUUUAUGACUGUAAAUACUCCGGCUUCCUCUGUGUGAACCCGUGUGACCCCAUGUAGACUCUGCCCGCGCGAGUGCGAACCAGAUGCUGAUCAGUAUUUUUAUCGACGCCCGAGACCUGUUACGCCUCUUGUUCUGUCUUUUAGGGACUCCCCGUCUUUCCAUUUUUCCAUGUAAAUUUUGCACAGUUACUUGUUCAUAUGUAAAUAUUUUACUUUCAAAAAUGAAGUUUUUAAUUGCUAUUGUUUUAUAUAGGGUUGAAAGAAAAUUAACUCCUUUAUUAAAAACAAAUUUAUCUGUA